UGGUGGGGUGUUCGCCUGGCAAGGGGCAACGACCGAACGGCAAGAUGACGAGGAGAGUUAAUGCGCGGGGCGCAGUGAAACAACUGUGACACACAACGCUCUCUCUGGUCUUGCUCCCGGAAGGAGGGAGGGAGGAGGAAACACAGAACGACCAGAGAGAGGAGAGAGGACGAGGAGGAGAGGAGCGGAGAGAAGAGCAGGGGAGGGUGGGCAGGGGAGAGGGAGGGGAGGGGAGGGGAGGGGAGCAGCUGGAGGAGGAGCUGCUGCUGCUGCUGCUCUGGAGAUGGAGGUCAGUCAGGCCAUCAGUAGAGAGAGGCAGGCGGGAGAGGAGAGGAGAGGAUGAGAGAGACUAUUCUUCCUUCCUGCCCAUCCCGAGCGAGGAUGAAGAGAGGAGGAAUGUGAUGACGCGGAAGCGGAUGGAGGAGGAAGGAAAGAAGGUGGAGAAUUAGGCGUGGAGGAGGUGCAGGGGGGUGAUUGUUGUUACAUCUGUUGUAGAGGGGGGAAGCGGAUUGGCAGGACGAUGGAGAGGGAAGGAAGCGGAGGUGGAAUUCGUAUGACGGAAACACCGAACAGGAUCGUGGGUCCGCAUCGGGAAAUGUGGUGACCGAGGCAGAUCGCUGGAGGAGUAGGGGAACUGAAAUGGGAAGAGACAAGGACAAGAGUGGCAAAGAAAAGAGCUCUGCUGCUGCUGCUGCUGCUACUAUUUCCUGUGCAGAGGGUGUAAACGUCGGAGUAGCAGGAGGAGCCGAUAUUUUGCGAGAAUCGAAGCUGCUAGGCAUAGGUUCUGCAAGAGGAGCUGCUCGCAAACUGGGAAAGUCAAGGUUGAAUGCAGAGGGCUAUGGUUUGCAGCCUGCCGCUUCAAUGGUGUCCUCUUCCGCUUCCAGGGACCAUGGUGCUGUCGCUCCAACUGCCUUCCGAGAGCAUGAUGCCGCGUAUUUUCAUGCCUACUCCCACAUUGGAGUCCACGAAGAGAUGAUAAAGGCAUUCUCCCCGUACCUCGCCUUUCCUUUUCUCUAGCUAGCUGGCUGCCGCGCUCGAGCGCUUGCUUGCUCUUUUCAUUGAGCUUGCCGAUUCUAGGUAUCCUUGGCGAUUGCUUGACGUUAUCAACAAAGGUUUUCACCGGCAAAAGAAACGGUGAAUCCCUGCGGGAGACGAAGAAUUCCCUCCUGAACAGCUGCGGAAUGCUGCCCCAGUGCCCAGGUGUUCUGUCUGCCACAGUGGUGUCAUUCUUCGAAGAGACACGACUCAUGAGUUGCCAUGAAGAGAAUCCAGAAGCAAUCAUCCUUAUUCCUUAUCUGUCCCUGUCAUAUUGCGACGAUUACUGACAGGUGUAGUGAUACUGUCCUGUCCAGUAACCGUUAAUCAGAUCACACCGUUUCUCCUGACCUUCCAUAUUUUGAAUUGAACAGUGUGCUUGCACGCACUGACUUGCCAAGCUUUUGAGAGUUACCGCAUUCGGUUGACAAGAACAGAAGACGACAUUCUUUCUAGCACUCCAGGUUCCUGGCGUGGUGUUAGUCCGUAACGUAGAGAGUGCAGUAGACUGCUGCGAGUCAUUAUGGCUGCUUAUUCUGGAACGUCUCGGCCACCCUGGCAGAAGAAGGAUCGGACACGAACAGAUGCCUAUCGGGACGCCAUUUUCAUGCAUACGGAUGCCAUUCGUGAUAAGGUGGUGGUAGAUGUCGGAUGUGGCACCGGUAUUCUCUCUAUCUUUUGUGCAUUUGCGGGUGCUCGCAAGGUCUAUGCCAUCGACGCAAGUGAUAUUGCUGUCCAGGCACAAGAAGUGGUAAAAGCUAAUGGACUAUCUGAAAUCAUCACCGUCAUUUUAGGACGAGUAGAGGAAGUCGAUAUACAUGAGCAGGUCGAUGUCAUUGUUUCAGAAUGGAUGGGUUACAUGCUUUUAUACGAGAGCAUGUUACCGAGUGUUAUCUGUGCGCGCGACCGCUGGCUGAAACCCGGAGGUCUUAUACUACCAUCUCAUGCCACGCUUUACAUGGCUCCUAUCACCAACGCCGAGAGGUAUGCGGAUAGCAUAGAUUUCUGGCGCAACGUAUACGGCAUUGAUAUGUCUGCUAUGUUGCCACUUGCAAAACAGUGUGCAUUUGAGGAGCCUUGCGUCGAGUCAAUAACCGCCGAGAACGUACUUUCAUGGCCUGUAGUGAUCAAACACAUUGAUUGCAGUAAAGUGACAAUACAAGAACUCGAGGUGGUCACAACAAAUUUUUGCGUUUCGUCUAUGAUGAUGGCAUCUCUUCAUGGCUUCGCCAUGUGGUUCGACGUUACCUUCGGUGGUCAAAAUUCUCAAGAGUUUGAGUCAGCCGGAGAGUCACCGCAGGAUAGUCCACCUGCCAGUGACUACGAGAGCAUGGCCCUGAAUCUACGUCGAAGACGAGGAAAUGAGACCUUGGUCCUUUCAACAGCACCGGAGGAAAAUCCUACUCAUUGGCAACAGACAAUUCUCUACAUUUACGACCCAAUCGAAGUUACGCAAGACCAGGUGAUUACAGGGUCAAUCACCUUGGCACAGACUCGGGAGAAUCCCAGAUUUCUGAACAUACAUCUGGAGUACAGUUCUGGAGACCGUCGAUGUGUAAAGGAAUCUGUAAUGCGGUGAGAGAGUCGGAGACACAUGCGUGUUUUCACUCCAGUUUUGAAGAUUAGUUUGUGUUUGGGACAGAUCUAGGUUAUUCUUUGUCUUAGCCCGAAGUUAAUUGUUUGUGAGGUAAAUGGCAAACCAACCCGAGCAUGUUCUCUAUAUCGUGGUCAACGUUGUAGUACGAAAGGUAGACACUUUUUACUACCUUCCUAGAGUUUAGUCAUAAAGUAAAGUGCACCGUGCUUGCCUUCAUGGGUUCCAUACCAGAGUAGUAUGAGUGUCUUCGCCCUCGGUUUGAAAAAUUGGUCGCAUCUUUACUAUCACGGCAGUCGCGAGCAAUCAGUCAAGGUAGCAUCCGCCAUGUAGCAUACAAGUACAUGGCUCCACUGGUUUGAGCAUUUUUUUUUGUUUACAACUCCGAGGCCCUUCAUAUGGCAUCGGAAUGCUCAAACCAAGAAAAUAAAAAGUACACAUGCCCAAUCAGUCGUCUGGUGCUAUCCUUCACUUGUGUCAAAAUAUUCUCCAUCAUGUAGCUCCUCAGGUAACACUUGU